AUGGUCAGAUAUACCACAGGGUUUCUCUUUGCUUCCAUGGGAGCUCAAAUUAAAGCUCCUCCUGGAACUGGGUCAUAUUGCAAUAGGAUUCAUGGUCAGAUAUACCACAUGGUUUCUCCUUUAUACAGUGGUCAUAACAAACCAGGUUAUGGUCAGUUAUAUGUGUUUGAUACCAGUGAAGCCACUGAAAAACGCAUGGUGAGAAAUGAAGGAUGUUUGUUCUCUGAGAUGGAAAGAUUGAAUUCUAUGUUGAAAGCAAUCAAUCCGUUCAUUGAUUGUUACCAGAAGAUGCAUCGUAUAAUGGAAAAAAAUCCUGCUACAAAUAUCAGAAUGGUUUUCAUGGAGACUAGAAAUUUAAAUAUAUCUAGAUAUAAACAGCCUAUUACAAAAACAGAAACUGCUGCGAUAUUUGUUGGAGAUAAUGGCGAACCACCUACUAAUCAAGACAUCUGUAUUUAUCCUGUAGAUGACAGCCGCAAAAAUAUUUCUCCAUUAAGCCAAUGUUGUGAUCCCAUGGCCUAUCCCUUGCUGUUUCCAAGAGGAGAAUUAGGUUUAAUUUUCGAGUUUUUGAAUGAAUAUAGUGAUGAAAGAUGUAAAUUUAAUUUACGACUUAUCAGUCGGAACAGAACUUGGGCACAAGCCUUGAAAACUCCCCUCUUCUGUUAA